CCUCACUACUCAGACAUGAUGCGCGCACUCGGGCUUUUGGUUGCCAUUGGUCUCUUUUUGGAGAUGGCCUCUGGGGCUUCUCUGGGUACCGUGUACACCGAGGGAGGCCUGGUGGAGGGCAAAAACAUCCGCCUGGGAUACAAACACCACAUGGACGUUUUCAAGGGAAUUCCCUUUGCCGGAAUGCCCGGAAGGUUCGAAAAACCAGAGCGACACCCUGGAUGGGACGGAAUCCUUAAGGCCUUUGAAUAUCGGCCGAGGUGCCUUCAGUUGAACCUUAUCAUGACUUCCACCCGUGGUAGCGAGGACUGCCUUUAUCUCAACAUCUGGGUCCCUCAUCAUCGUUCAGUGUCCACUAAUCUCCCAGUCAUGGUGUGGAUCUAUGGAGGGGCUUUCCUGUGGGGGGGCUCCAUGGGGGCCACAUUCCUGAACAACUACCUGUACAGCGGGCAGGAGAUAGCGGACAGGGGGGACGUGAUCGUGGUCACUGUCGCAUACCGCCUGGGCCCCCUGGGAUUCCUCAGCACUGGAGACUCUGGCAUGCCUGGUAACUAUGGUCUGUGGGACCAGCAGGCUGCCAUCGCCUGGGUCAGCAGGAACAUCCGCUCCUUCGGAGGAGACCCCGAUAACAUCACUGUCUUCGGGGAGUCAGCUGGGUCAGCCAGUGUUAGCUUCCAGACUAUCACUCCCCAUAACAAAGGGCUGUUCAAAAGAGCUAUCUCUCAGAGUGGUACGGCCCUUUGUCCCUGGGCCGUCAACAGAAACCCGCGGAGGCUUGCAGAAGAGGUAGCUCUGAAAGUGAACUGCCCCACCGAUGACAGGAUGGCAGCCUGUCUUAAGAUGACUGACCCGGUGUCCCUCACAAUGGCAGGAACCAUCCCAAUCUCUAGCUCCCCUGAUUCCCCUUUGGUGUUUAACCUGGUCCUGGCAGCCACCAUUGACGGAGACUUCCUCCCCGAUGAGCCAAGUACCUUGUUCCACAACGCUGCUGACAUCGACUACAUCGCUGGUGCGAAUGAUAUGGACGGACACCUCUUCACGGGAUUGGACGUGCCCACCAUCAACAGCCACCUGUUACACACGCCUGUGAAUGAUGUGAAAAGACUCCUGGGCUCUUACACUAAGGAGAAAGGCCUGGCCGGCAUGGAGAGUGGAUUCCUCACCUACAGCUCCACCUGGGGAACAAACCCCGACCAGGAGACCAUCAAGAAAACUGUGGUGGAGAUCGGGACAGACUACAUCUUUCUGAUUCCCACCCAGGCAGCCCUCUAUCUUCAUGCCAAUGCCACAAUUGGCAGAAGCGGCCGGACGUACUCCUACCUGUUCUCCCAGCCCAACCGCAUGGGGGGUCUGGUGCUGCCCUACCCCAGCUGGAUGGGAGCGGACCACGCUGACGACCUGCAGUAUGUGUUCGGGAAACCCCUCAGCUCGCCACUGGGGUACUGGCCCAGCCACAGGGACGUCUCCCGCUACCUCAUCCACUACUGGACCAACUUCGCCAAGUCUGGUGACCCCAACAGGGGUCUGGACGUGCCAGCGACCUGGCCCCGUUUCGACAGUAACAGCCACCAGUACCUAGAGAUCAACUCCGAGAUGAACCGCGGCUAUGUGAAGCAGAGGCUGAGGAUGCGCUAUGUCCAUUUCUGGGGCAAUAUUCUCCCACAACUGUCGCUGCUCAAAUUCUUAUGAAGAAAGACGCUGGCAUCUUGAAGCCAUGACUCAAAAUCAUCAAAACCAUCCUGUUCGUAAUUCGUAAUUGAAAAGUUAAUAAAUGAUUGCUAUAUUUUUAUUCAUUUUGUG